AAAAGAGCAAGAAAGAGAAAGAAGGAUAUAGAAGAGGUGAAAAAUGGAGGGACACAGAGGGAAGCAGAAGAAGAGCAAGAAAGUUGGACAGGAGACCAAAUUGUAGAAGGAAGAAGGAAGAGAGGGACAGAAGAGAGGAGGAAAAGGAUAAGGGAAUCCAAAUACAACAGACACUACAGGAACAUAACCAAAGAUGAAAUGCCAAAGUACUUGGAGGGGAGGAUGAGGUGGAAGGACAGGAAAGUUACAGCCAGAUUGAGGUGUGGAAGCGAGACCAAAGCGGAGGAAUACUGGAAAGAGGAGAGAGACAAAAGGUGCAGAUUAUGUGGAAGGGAAGAAAAGGACCUGAGACAUGUAAUAGAAGAAUGUGAACUAACAGGAGGAUCAAAGGACAUGGAAAAAACACUCAAUGAGACUGGAGAAGGAUUAAUGGAUUUAAGAGCAAUAAUAGAGAAAAGAAGGGCAAAGGCAAUACAAGACGGGGUGGACUGUCAGGAAGAUGCUAGAGGUAAGAAUAUGCUGAGUGCAAUACAAGAAAUGUAA